AUGUCGACUUUAGCCGAGGUACGAGAACACCGAACGCAUACUGAGGGCGGCAACCUUGUCCGCAAACCCACAAUUACUAUAAACCGUUCCAACUCACCUCCACCAGAAUCGACCGAAACUACUCCUUUGGCUCACAUAUCACCAACAAAAUAUUUAUCCGUCGACGACAAAAAUGAAAUCAAAAUACUUUCCAUAUUUCAAGCCUUUAGGGAGGGUAAAUUGCCCUCAAAUGAACAAAUCACGCGAUUUCUGAAUAAUGUUCUGAGCGUAUUGAGGAGAGAAAGGAAAAAACAGCGAUUAUCGGGAGAAGGCAGAGAAUUGUUGGAAGAGUUUAAAGGGCUCGUAAAAGUCUCAAAGGAGGUGAUAUCACGAAAGAAUUCUGAUGAGGAUUUCCAAGAGCUUGUUUGGUGUCUCACUGAAAUUGCAAAGAAGGGCGCUGUUCCUGCGAGUGAGUAUAUGCGCAUAACAAAUGGAAUUAUUGGGGAAUAUAUAGAAUACUUGCGAAAUGCCGAAAAGAAAAGAUUCUCAAUUAACGAUUAUUUCAUAAUAGGCGGUACAGCAGUUAGUGGUGCUGAUGCGAACGUCAUGCAGGAGACUCGGAAGGGCAUAGAGUCAUUAUGGACAAUUACGCAGCUUUUAACAACAAACAACGAAUUUCGAAAACUUCUUCAUGAUAUUGUAAUCAUCAUUCGAGAUAUAUUUGCCGAUUUGACUUCCACAAUUAAACCACCCGAUCACGAACUCAAACGCGCUUACGGGGAAUCUGGAUAUGAACCUCAAUCUGAUAACCACGUCAGGGACAGUGGCCAGGGGGAUAACUCGCUUCUUGAACACGAUGACUCUCCAAGCCCUGCUGACCUUCCAGGGUACACAAGUACUCCAGGUGGGAAAACUCCUUACAUGGCAGAUGCUCGAGACUUUGAAGACGCUGAUCGUCAUAAUCAAAAGUCGAAACCUUGGGAGAAGUUUAAACAACGUCUUCCGGCAAAGCACAGACAAAAGGCUGAUAAGGGUGCUGCCAUUGUUAGUGACAAGCUGUCGGGAGAUAGAAGGUCUAUGUUGAUUAGACGGCUUACUAAAGUGGUCGUCACAGUGCAAAAACAUGAGCAAUAUCAGCAAGCUGUGGAGGACUUUCUCGACAUCCUUGCUAAAUGGGGUGAGCGUGCUUCUACAUAUAAGGAAGAUAUCACCAAUGUUACAGAAGAAGAUUCUGACUGGAGAGAAGCGCGAGCACAUUUAAAGCGCUUGGGCCAAGCACUUGCUGGAAAGUCUCUUGACCCGCUUGAACAGGCAUUUGCCGACUUGAUGGCAGAAGUACGCGAAGACGCUGACCUCAGACAAUACUUUGUAGAGAUAAAUCAAUACAUAAAAAGUCUUCUUAAAGAACCAGGUUACGUUGAAAAACAAGAGAGCACAGAACGUGGCCGCGAGUUAAUGAGACGUGGUCAAUUUUUGAACGGCAGACACAAAGAUACCAUACAACGCGUAAUCGACGAGUUGGUUAGUUAUACCGAAGCAUUGGCCAACGAUCCUCUGAUGCAUGAGCUUGGAGAGAGGGUCUCGAAAGUAUUUAGCCUUUUAUUACUCGACAGACAUGGCAGAAUCAUGUUUAAACCGCACAUUAUCAUGGACUUUCGAACGACGUUUAUUCCAUUGAUUCUCGAUCACAUAACGGCUAUUCCAAUACCUCGUAUCGAAUAUAGAGACAAUGACUAUGACGUGGUGGUCGAAAAUUUGGUCUUGAACAGCCCUAGCUUUGUACCGAAUCUUAUUGAACUGGAGGCAAGUAAUCGUAAUUUCCUUUCGUUAUACAACGCUGAUGAAGUUCGUGAUAAACGGGAACAUUGCUUUACGUUCAAUGUUAAAGGCAUUCAUGCAGAAGCACAAAAAGUUUGCUUUUAUUAUAAGAAGAAGACGGGAUUUCCUCAUAUUAAGGACUAUGGUACCGUAGAUUUAGCCAUUCGUAAUCGUGGAAUAUCCAUUUUUGGCAAACUCGUUUUCGCCAACGAUGAUAAGGAUCACGUUUACAAAGUCGAAGAAAUCAAAUGCACGGUUAACGACCUGUACGUCGACAUCAAGGGCAAACGACACGACUUUCUCUACUUUGCUUUCCAUCCAUUGUUAGUGAGACUGGUGAAACAGCAAAUAGCGCGUAACCUCGAGGAUGCCGUAGCCAGACGCCUUCAAUCGUUUGAUCGAAACAUGAAAGGUACGUUCCAGUCGUUGAGGAACAAGACUGCCGAGAGCGAUAAAUCGGGGCGCAAAAGAAGUUCGUGGUUGGGUGGAAUGUUAAAGAGGCAUUCGUAUGGAACAAGGGGAUCAACGUCGUCCGGAGAGAGCGAAGUAAGCGAUGAAGAGACAAAUGCGGGCAAUGGAGUUGGCCACCAAACAUACGAGCCUAAAGAAUAUGAGACUUACAGCGGUGAAAAGGGAAAAUGGAAAGACAAGUCGUAUGAUAAUUUGUUUUGA